AUGUGUGAACUAUCGGAUUGGAGCGAGAACGCUAUAGACUCGGAGGCGCGAGUCAUCGACCAGUUCACCACCGGCGCCGACGACUCGCUCCGCACGCUCAUCAACCGCGUCAUCAAUGCGGAGGCGACGCUUCAGCAAGUCUCGAACUCGAGCUGGACGCCCAAGUUCAACAUCAACGAGACCGCGUUCACGGACGCGUGGGGUCGUCCCCAGCGAGAUGGCCCGGCCCUUCGCUCGACGGCGAUCAUAACCUAUGCCAACUGGCUGCUCGCCAACGGCAAUGGCACGUCGUUUGUAACAAACAACCUCUGGCCUAUCCUCAAGCUCGAUCUCGACUAUGUCAUGAACAGCUGGAACCUGUCUGGCCCACUGACGCAUAUACCCAGCUUCGACCUCCGGGAGGAGGUCAACUCCUCUUCCUUCUUCACCACCGCUGUCCAGCACCGCGCUCUUCGCGAGGGCAUUGCGCUUGCAAACAAGAUCGGACAGACGUCCGUCGUCAGCGGCUACACCACCCAGGCUAGCAAUGCGCUCUGCUUCUUGCAAUCGUACUGGAACCCGAGCGCGGGCUACAUGACCGCCAACACCGGCGGCGGGCGGUCCGGCAAGGGCACAAUACCUCCUCACCUCCAUCCACAACUUCGACCCAGAGGCGGGCUGCGAGCCACGACCUUUCAACCGUGCUCGGACAAGGCGCUGUCGAACCUGAAGGUCUACGUCGAUUCGUUCCGCUCCAUCUACAUCGUCAACAGCGGGAUCGCGUCCAACGUCGCCGUUGCGACUGGCCAGUACCCUGAGGACAGCUACUACAAGGCAACCCGUGCUCUACGACGCGCUGAUCGUGUGGGCCAGCAGGGCUCGCUCGACGUCACCGCGACGUCGCUCGCGUUCUUCCGGCAGUUCGACUCUUCCGUCGGCCACGGGCACCCUACCAGCCGUCCUCCGGUGGUGAACGCCAAGCACACGUACUCGAGCGGGCGCUCUCGGCGCAGUUCGACAGGAGCUCGGGCUGCCGGCGCCGGACCCACGUGGAGCUACGCCGCGGCGCUCACGUCGUUCGCCGCGCGCGAGGGAAAGACGUUCGCGGGCUGGGGUGUCAAGGGCCGUCCAGGUCACGUUCAAUGUCUUCGUGACGACCAUCCUCGGUGGUGA